CGAGCGGCGCGCGGGGCGCUUCUACACCAGGCAUGAGCAAACAUAGGCCCUCCAGGUGUUUUGGACUUCAACUCCCACAGUUCCCCUUUUCCUCGGGGAAAAGGAAGAGGCCUGAGGCUGUUAGGAACUGUGGGAGUUGAAGUCCAAAACACCUGGAGGGAGGGCCCAAGUGUAGACUCAGCCUCGGGGGCAAAGUUAACUGACGUGGCGCUGCAGUGACAGCAAGAAAUGUCCCAGCUGGCCUUGUGGGUGUCAGGCUCCUGCAAAGGGGCAGGAGUUGGCUUGGGGGACCCGCGCCACCUGCCCAGAGGAACUCAAGCAUAUUCAUUCACCAAGCUAGUUGGAAGACUGGUUUUGGUUUAUUAAAGACCAUGUCCAGAUCCGGAGGAAAAGGGGUGAACCUAAAGGACAAACUAGAGGGCAAUGAAUUGGACCUCAGUUUGUGUGACCUGAAUGAAGUGCCAGUUAAAGAGCUGGCAGCACUUCCAAAGGCAACUAUUUUGGAUUUGUCUUGUAACAAUCUUACAUCAUUACCUUCUGAUUUCUGCAGUUUGACCCAUCUAGUGAAACUGGAUUUAAGUAAAAAUCAGCUUCAGCAACUGCCUUCAGACUUUGGUCGCUUGGUCAACUUGCAACAUCUGGAUCUGCUGAACAAUCGAUUAGUAACUUUGCCAGUCAGUUUUGCCCAACUCAAGAAUCUGAAGUGGCUGGAUCUGAAAGACAACCCCUUAGAUCCUAUGCUAGCAAAGGUUGCUGGAGAUUGCUUGGAUGAAAAACAGUGUAAGCAAGCUGCCAUCAGAGUACUGCAGCAUAUGAGAGCCAUUCAGUCCGAAUUAGAUCGCGAGAGGCAACAGAAGCUGCAGGCAGAGCGAGAGCUGGAGAAGAAACGUGAAGCAGAUCGGCGAGCAAGAGAAGCCCAAGAGAGGGAACUUCGUAAGCGGGAGAAAGCUGAAGAAAAAGAACGCAGAAGAAGGGAAUAUGAUGCCCUGAGACUUGCAAAACAGGAAAUGACAAAACAACCAAAGAAAGAAACGGAGCCCUCAUCUUCCCGUCCAUCACGGCAGCCCCAACACAAACGCUCCUGGUCCAGAGUCUUAUUGAAGAUACUGCUGCUCCUGCUCUUAGGUGCCUUGAGUACAUUGGUUGUUUGCAGGUUUACGGAGCUGCGGCGCCAACCUGUCUGUAUUAGCGUCAACAUGCUCUAUGAAGAUACACUGACCCUUUUACGAAGUCGUGAAACGCUUCAGAACGUCCUGCAGCCAAACUCACAGCAAUAACACUGUUUCAGCUUUAGAGGACUAUUCCUUUGACAGUGUCUCCUGCUGGUUUUACAUCAGAACAGCUAGGAUUCCUAUGGAAUUGAGCUCUGAUGAAAAUUGCUGACAGAUCAUUCAGCUUUGGUGGCCUACAUAGAACUGAGCAGAAUUGCUGCCAGUAUCUUUUCCUCCUUCACUGUUCUGUUCCUAAGGCAAAUGUCUAAUUUUCCUCCUCCAUAGCAGAGUGUCUGCAAGUCUGCAAAAUGCAGGUUUUGGGUCUCUAGAACAGGCCCCAUAUUCUUAACAGCUUAGCUGUGACUAUUGGGAUCUAUUUUGUCAUCUUAAGAAGUCUUUAUAUUUAGUUUUGUUUUAAUGUUAUUGCUACAGGAAAUCCAUAUUGAUUUGGGGAAUUAAUUCUAUGCUAUGAUGGCUAAAUUACUCAGUGGAGAAUGAAGCUAAUAACAUGCUGGCUAAUGUUUCAUAUCUAAUGCUCAGCAGCUUUAUGUUUGGUCUGUGGAUGGAAACAUGUAUUUUAUAUACUGUAGCUACUAACGAAACAACCCUAUUGCGGAAGUGCACAACUCUGUAUAACAUUCACAUCUGUCAAAAUGUGAUCUUUCUGUACACUUGCCUCAUUGUAUCUUUGCUGUACCAACCAGGAAGUGUGCUGGAAAGGGCUUGUGAAAUUUGCACCACAAAAUUUAGGACUAAAUGCAUUGUUUUAUUAAUGUCAUUAAAAAAAACGUAAAAUAUAUUUUUACAUUUUGUAUGCUUACAAACAAUCCGGAUACAGUUCUGUCCCUGCGCCAAAGUGCUUUUUCUUGGGAAUUGUCACAUCAAAGAGAGUAAAUCAUUAUAUAUUUUAAAAAAUUACUGGCUUUGGAUUUUUGUCUGGCUUUACACGAGAUUAAGCAGGCAGUUUUCCUUUCCCCUCAUACCAAGACGCAACUGUGAUGCCCAGUUUGUACCUGCUAUUCUUGUUUUAUUGACCACAAAUGUAUAUCCUGCAUAUGUUCUUCUAACAGAAUACUGGAGUGACUUAGCACUGAAGCUUUUGUUUACCAUGCAAACCUAAUCACGAAGUAUGUUUUAUGUAAUUACAUUUACUCAGGUUUAGGUACCGUAAGGCACGAGAAGGAGGGAUUGUGCAAAAAAUGCUAAUUGGGAGAAGGGUCUUAAUUUCUAAUCUUGGUAAAAUAAAUUGUCUUGUCCCUUCCCACAACUUUCUGGCACUAUUUGAUGGUGGAGAAGUCCUGUUAUAAGCUGUAAUUCUGAAUAUCUUUCCUCCAGUAAAUAGUAUUUAUAAAAUA